AUGAUAGAAUGGAUAAAGCAGCUCAGAACGGCAUUUGGGUUGGCGUUUUUAUGGCUUGUUUGUUUGAUUUACUUCACCCAGGGUUUCAGAUCAUUUGUAUGGACAGCAGUUUCCUACCAGCUUAAGGACAGGCUUAAGUUGUCACCUUCAGCUUCCCAAUUUGUGUUUUCUAUAGCAUUUUUCCCAUGGAGUAUUAAGCCUAUAUAUGGGAUUCUGUCUGACUGCAUUCCCAUUAAAGGGAAAAAAAGGAUCCCGUACUUGGUGAUUGCCACUGUGAUGUCUCUUGUGCCAUGGCCUAUUCUGGGUGUCAAUGCAACCUCAAGGAGUUCCAUGUGGCACCUCAUAAUCUUAUUAACAGUGCAAAACCUGGGUUCUGCAAUGGCAGAUGUUGUAGUUGAUGCAAUGAUUGCUGAGGCUGUAAGAUGUGAGAAAGCCUUAUUUGCUGGAGACCUUCAGUCAAUAUCGUGGUUAGCAAUGGCUUUUGGUGGUGUGUGUGGGAGUUUGCUAGGAGGAUAUGCACUAAGCAACUUAAAGAUAGAUAUCAUUUUUCUUCUUUUCUCUGUACUUCCCGCCAUACAGUUAUUUUCCUGUGGUUUGGUUCAAGAGAAUUCUACAGGCAGUGAAGUUUUAUCUGAAUUCUCUAAUCCAAGUGAUUCCCAUCUUUUGAAUGGGAAGACCAACAAUUUGGAUGAAGACAGUUCUUUGGAAAAGAAAUCCAAUGCUAGUGCCAGAAGAAGGAAGAAGGGCCAAAAGAAAAGCAAAAAGACACGACUUAUGCCUAGAAAAGCGCAGACACAGAGUCCUGAGAAGGGCAAGUUCCUGGCAUUACUGUGGUUUCAGUCUCUGAAAGAUGCCACUUACAGUUUGUGUCGUGCUUUUAAACAGCCAAUCAUUUUUAGACCAAUGGCUUGGUUUUUCUUAGCACACAUCACUGUUCCAAACCUUUCAACUGCCAUGUUCUACUACCAGACAGAGUUCUUGAAGUUGGAAGCAUCUUUUUUGGGGACUGCACGAGUUAUUGGAUGGUUGGGCCUCAUGACAGGGACAUUUACUUAUAAUCAGUACUUGAAGAAAAUGAAGUUACGAAGAAUUCUCAUGUUGGCACAUAUUGGUUUGGCUUUCUUGAACCUCUUCGAUGUUGUUUUGGUGUCUCGAACUAAUGUUGCCUUCGGAGUAUCAGACAAGACCUUGGUGCUUUGUGGAUCUGCACUUUCUGAUGCCAUCAACCAACUAAAGUUCAUGCCCUUCUUGAUCUUGUCCGGACAGCUAUGCCCACCGGGAAUCGAGGGAACUCUAUUUGCUCUCUUCAUGUCAAUAAACAACUUUGGAUCCACUGUAGGAUCAUUCGUAGGUGCUGGACUGGCAUCAAUCUUAAACAUCUCUUCAGGAUCUUUCAACAACCUUCUUUUCGGCAUCAUCAUUCAACUCCUCUGCACUUUCAUUCCAAUCAUGCUUUUGUUUUUGAUACCCAAAGAAGCUACAGGGAUAGCAUCAUAACUGACCACCAUUGCUUUUUCCAACAGACAACCGAGGAUGCCUAGAUAUUAUCCUGACCAUUUUAAAUCCUUUCAUCAAUUUUGUUGCUGCUUAGGUGCAGAUAGACAAAUACAGAUAGGCAUACACAGAAUUUCAUAGCAAUAGGUUCUUCUGAGUCAUAUGAUUCUGGGAUUUCAUCCUAGAAAUCAUCAUUCGAUACGUACAAAACAAAUUGUUGUAUAAACAGUUUUGGAUGAUUGAUUGUAUACAAAACAAGGCAUGUAACAGUCCCAUCUAUACCAACAGGAGUUUGGCUUAAAUGGUAGGAUCGUUCUUCUUGACAAAA